AUGUCUCUCCGAGAGAAGCUCUCCUCGAAACUCACCAAAGUCCCCUCCAAACAAGAGAACCUCCCACCAACACCACCUCACGACAAAUCUCCACCACCAUCAUUCACAGCAAGCACAUCGACAAACGAUCAGCCACCAACCUACACCCCGCAAGACACCACCCCCCAAGACCUCACCUCCUCCUUCGCAACCCUCACCCUCUCCCCUCACCCCGUCUCCCUCCCAACCCCCUCAACCUGUCUCGCACACCUAAAACUGCUGCACGCAAUCCAAGCACUCAAACUCGACAUCGGCUACACCGACGGCCUCUUCGGGAUCUGGGACGCCAAAGCAGAGUUAGCAGAUACCCGCGACGAGACGCUGAGUAAAUUGCGGGAGAAGCGAUGGGCGUUAUACGUUGCGCGUGCCGUGGAACGGUUCCAGGAGUGGUGGAUCAAGGUGCUGUGUCCGCUGGAUGGGUCGCGCAGGAUCGAGUGUAAGGAGGUGGAGCCGGGGAAUGAGAGUUUCACGGGGUUUACGAGUAGAGGGAGACCUUUGGAGUGGGGGAGGGAGAUGGUGCCGCCGCUUGAUGUUUUGAUGGUUUGGCAUGCGUUUAUGUUGAAUCCGCGGAAUUAUCUCGAGGAUUGUAUUCGGUUUGGGGUGCCGAAUCUUUGGGCUACGGGGAUGCCUUGGAAGGUUGUGAAUGAAGCGAUUGAUGUUGAGUGCAAUUAUGUUGUGGGGGAAGAGGCGAAGAAGGCGUUUGUGGCUGCUACGGGAUUGAAUUGGGAUAAUGCUGAGGAUUCGCUGGUGAAGAAACUUAAUUGUCCGAGGUGUCAGCAAGUGCUGGAGAUUCCGUGGACGAGUUGUGGGUUGAGUGAGAAGCCUUCGGAGAAAGAGAUCAACGAGAUUGAAGGAAGUGGUUAUGGUGAUCGAGAUCUCUCGCACAUUUGCCACAAAUGCAGUGGUUAUGUCAAUCAUGAUCUUCUUCGAGUCGCCAAGUUCAGAAAGGAAACAGAGAAUCUCAUCAUGAGAGACUGGCCACUUGGUGGAACUAUCCUCACCCCCAACACUGGCUUACCUGACGCAGCCGGUACCCUUCCAAUGAACAGCGCAGCAUUACACUUUCCAAACCGACUGAUCGGUAUAGAACUUCGAUCCAAGAUCCUAGAUCUGAUCAGUCCGCAACGAGCAAAUCCAACUAUGAACGACGUCAAGAUUCUAAUCGAAAAUGCCGUCGCGAACAAAGACUUGAUCAGGAAGCUUAACAACAGAAAGCUCACGGAACCAGGAUAUCUACGUAGAGACGAACGAGUAGCGAUCCGUCUCAUGAUGGCACGAUACUGGGAAAACACCUCCAUCUUCGCCCUCGAACUCGGCGGUGCAGUCAUCCGUCAAGGUGUUUUCAUCGAAAAAAUGAAGAAUCUAGACUGGCUACACAGCCCAGCAGCGACCCAAACCAUGGAACGACUCAUCCUCAAAUACACCCGCUUCAUCACCAUCCUCUCCGAAAAUGCCAUGCACGUCUGCGUCCCAACCCUCGACGUAGAUCUCGCCUGGCACACCGCCCAACUCUCCCCCCAAACCUACUUCACCUACACCACCUCCCUAACCGGCAAAUUCAUCGACCACGACGACAAAGUCUCCGAAGACGCGCUCGAAACGGGUUUCGAAUUCACCUCUAAGACCUACGAGAAACUGUAUGGUGAGAUCUACUCUGAAUGCACAUGCUGGUACUGCGAAGUCAUCCGCUCCCGCCACUCUGGCCCGCGGUUAUUUGGCACAAGCAAAUCCGAGAAACUGAAUAACGCCUUCCACGACUCCGCCGCCCAGUUCUGCCCCCCUGAUAACUCCGCACAUAUCAGCACCCACAACGCCGUUCGCGCUCUUGAUGACACGGCUAGGAGUCUCGUGCUCGACCGUCUCCGUGCUCGCCGGAAGGCCGAACUCGACAAAGAAUACGAGAAAGCGAAAGCACGAGCGAAGGCGAAGGGGCGUAAGAUUCCGCCGAAAGAGGAUUAUUACUACGGUCCCUGGGGAUAUCCGUAUCUGAUGUAUGGACCGUAUAUGGCGGUGCCGAUGUAUGGAGGUGUUUAUUAUGCGGGCGAUCCUGGGAGCAUGGCUGUUGGGGCAGGGAUGGCGGGGAGUUGCGCGGGCGGGACGUGUAGUCAGGUUGCGGCUGCUGGGGGGGUUUGUGGUGCUGGGGGGGCGGGACAGUGUGGGAGUGGGGGUGGGUGUGGUGCUGGUGGGGGGUGUGGAGGGGGAGGAGGUUGUGGUGGAGGGGGUGGUGGGUGUGGUGGUGGUGGUGGGAGUUAG